AUGGAGUACACACUGAUCCGAAAUUUAGAAAGCCGAGUGAAGUAUUAUCAUAAUGGGGCAGCGUCUUGGAGUCCCAUAACUAUUGCCAAGAAUAUGUGUAUGUUUUAUGUACGAUACUGGCCAUUUGAUAAGCAAAUAUGUUAUCUAGGUUUUGGAUCUUUAGACUACUCCAUCUAUGACGUAGAAUUGGAUGUAACAGGUGAAGGUAUCGACGUAUCGACAAUUUAUUUAGGGGAGUGGGAAAUUGAAUCAUCAUUUGGACAGGUAAUGAAUUUAGGUAACGUCAGUGCUAUUGUUUACACUAUCAAACUUAAACGACAAGCAACAUUUUAUGUGCUUACCAUAAUCCUCCCUGUAACAUUUGUAGGACUUCUUGCGCCAUUUGUCUUCCUUCUUCCGAGUGAGUCAGGUGAGAGAAUCGGAUUCUGUAUUACAAUAAUGUUGUCUUAUACAGUGUUUCUUACAGUCCUGUCCGAGGAGAUACCGAGAUCAUCGAAUCCAGUGUAUCUGAUAUGUUGUUAUGUGGCGUUUUUAACAGUGUCCAGCAUUGUUAUAAUUAUCAUAGUGAUCUUGAAUCUUAGACUGUAUCAACGAAGCAACGCUACUAAAAUGAACAAACUGUACUUGAAAUUGUACAAUUUUGUGUCAGAAAGCAACCUCAAAGGUGGAAUCAUAUCAAGGCAGGAUGACACGUUAGGUUUGUCUGAAAAUAUUGAAUUUCCGGAGCGCCCUAACAUCAGUAGAAGUGAACAACAGCUUGAAUCAACAUUGAAAGAUGCUUCAGUACCUGCCGGUGAUUAUGACCAAGACUGGCGCAUAGUGAGCAACGUUUUGGACAAAAUAUUCUUUACUGUUUCUCUUUUAUUAAUAUUAAUUCCAUCCACUGCAUUUCUUGUGUAUUUGCCAUGUGCGUCUGAAUAUGCAGAAGGAUUAUUUUAA